CCGCUGGCUUUGUGCGCGCUUGCAAUCCAGCUGUCGCCGCCCCACGAGCCCCUGCCCCCACGAGGGCGCACAUUUCCGGGCCGCCCACCACCCAGGUCGCACCGCGAACCCAGAUCUGCUCCCGCCCGCUCGGUCCCGGUCCGGCCCCAGUCGCCCCCUGAAAUGCCGGUCGACUUUACCGGGUACUGGAAGAUGCUGGCCAACGAGAAUUUCGAGGAGUACCUGCGCGCGCUGGAUGUCAAUGUGGCCUUGCGCAAAAUCGCCAACUUGCUGAAGCCAGACAAAGAGAUCGUGCAGAACGGCGACCACAUGAUCAUCCGAACGCUGAGCACUUUUAGGAACUACAUCAUGGACUUCCAGGUUGGGGAGGAGUUUGAGGAGGAUCUGACGGGCAUAGACGACCGCAAGUGCAUGACCACGGUGAGCUGGGACGGGGACAAGCUCGAGUGUGUGCAGAAGGGCGAGAAGGAGGGACGCGGCUGGACCCAGUGGAUUGAGGGUGACGAGCUACACCUGGAGAUGAGAGUGCAGGGUGUGGUCUGCAAGCAAGUAUUCAAAAAGGUGAACUGAAGCCUGAACAUACCUUAGUCUCGAGAAAUGAGUGGCAUGGACGGGGGGGGGGGGGGGGGGGGGCCCCCUCUCUGCAUAGC